CCGGUUUUCUUGGAGAUGUGGAGGCCAUUCUUGCAGCCAUACCACCUCAUCAUCAUUCAGGAUGGUGAUCCCUACAAGGUCAUCAAGGUCUUGGAUGGGUUCAAAUACGAGCUUUACAAUAAGAACAAUGUGGACCGAGUUCUAGGUCCCAAGGCUAGAUGUAUCUCCUUCAUGGGCUCUGUCUGUAGAUGCUUUGGCUUCUUGGUGUCCAAGAAGAAGUACAUCUUCACCAUUGAUGAUAAUUGCUUUGUGGCAAAGGAUCCGAGCAGGAAAGAGAUAAAUGCAUUAGCAGAACACAUACAGAACCUGCUGACACCAUCAACAUCAUUAUUCUUCAAUACCCUCUAUGAUCCAUAUGGGGAUGGAGCUGACUUCGUUCGUGGAUACCCCUUUAGCUUGAGAGAAGGAGUGUCUACUGCCAUCUCUCAUGGGCUUUGGCUCAACAUUCCUGACUAUGAUGCCCCUACUCAACUUGUCAAGCCUCGUGAGCGCAACACCAGGUGAUUUGUGACCAUUUGAAUCUAGGGGUGAAGACAGGGUUGCCAUACAUUUGGCAUAGCAAGGCAAGCAACCCAUUUGUUAAUUUGAAGAAGUAAUACAAGGGCAUAUACUUGCAGGAGGAGAUCAUUCCAUUCAUCCAGUCUAUCGUUUUCUCAAAAGUGCACAACCGUGCAGGAAUGCUAUGUUGAGCUCUCAAAGUUGGUCAAGGUAAAGCUUGGCUAUGUUAGUCAUUACUUUCAGCAGCUUGGGGAUGCCAUGCUUACCUGAAUUGAAGCCUGGGAGGAGCUCAAUCCGGCCAAAAGAAGCAUCAGCUGCUGCAGAGCCCAAAAGUUUGAAGAAGGAAGAGCCCUCUCCCAAAUCAAAGUAGACAGCAUUUAAUUCCCUCUCAUUGUUGUAGUAUUAUUUCAUUCUGCUUUACCAUCUUUUCCUUGUAAACUUUGGUUCCUAUUUCCUUAUGCUUUAUUUAUCAGUGUUGCUGGUGUAUUACUUUGUACCUCUAUGUUUUUUGAAU